AUGCCUUCAUCGACACUAGUUUUUGAUACAUCCAUCUUGCCAACAGAUGCACUUUCUUUUUAUGAUGAUAAUUUUUAUCAACUGGUUGAGAAAAUAGCAGGACCAGGUGAAGCAAAAUUAUUAGAAGUUCAAGGUAUUCGAAGUGUUUAUUCUUUUUUCAACAUCGAAGACGUAUUCAACAUUCUUUCUUUCACGUGUUCUGCUAUAAAAGAGAUAAAAAAAUUAAUUUGUCUUGAAGAUGAAGAUAAAAAUUACAUGGUGAAACCAGGUUGUCGUAGCAACAUUCGAUAUUUGUAUCAACUUCUUUACCAAAAACACGAAGAGCAUUUGAAGGAAAUUACACCAAAAUCCAAACGAAAUAAACAAUCACAACUACAUCGAAGCAAUUCUACAACUAUGAAUCUCUCACAAGAUUCAUCGCAAAAUACUUCAAUAUUAUCUAACCAUCAACAAAGUACAACAACACCCAAUUUAAUGAAUAUAUUAAAUCAUCAUGGUGUUCUGAUUCAUAUGUUAAAUGAAUGGUUUGAAAGAAACUUUCGUACAAUAUAUAUUCUGAACGGAAAUUUAAUUGAAAAUGAAGAUUACAAGCUUUUAAUUGCCUUCAAUGGAACAUCUGAAGAAGCAUGCAUAACAUGCUUCUGUGGUGUUAAAGUACGUUUAACAAGAGUUCGUGAAAACUUCUCUUUAAGCAACUAUUAUAAACAUCUUAAAACAAAAAGCUGUUUGAUGAUGAAGAAGAAAAAAAUAACCAGUAGUCCUAACAAUGAUUCAAAUAUAAUAGAUGAUGAUGAAUUGAUUGAUGAUGAAACACCACCAACUAUAUCAAAUAUCAAUCAUAUACAACCAUCAGCUCCAACUAUUACUUUUGAUACAGUUGAUAAUGCUAAUAAAUCGUCGAAACGGUCGACUAACUCACCAAAUAAAGGUUCAUCAAAAAAACAACGUAAACAAACAUAA